CAACAUCAAACAUCGAUGGGCUUGAUCUGAAGAAAAGCUUUGAUGAAAACCAGGGUGCAAUCAGUGAUCAUGAACAUAUAUUAACAGGUCAGGACAAGAAGGCGAAUACUUUGGUUGUCGAACACAUCUCAUCAACUGAUAUCUCCACUGUAGGGAUCGAUUACAGUAGUCCAAGUAGUGAUUUGGAUUUCAACUCUGGUGUCUUUAGGAGCCUACCUGUAGAAUCUUCAUCCAAUUUGUUUUUGGAAGAAAAGGUAUCGCAUAGAUUAAAGGGUCAUGAUGAGAAAGUAAAAGACGUUGCUGAAAAUGCUUUCUUGUCAACUGAAGUUUCCACGAUGGAAGGUUCAAGCAUCAAUUUUGAUCUCAACACUGAUGAAAACAGCUACAUGCCUGUAGAACUUUCAGUCCUGGAGGAGAAGACUUCAUCUAAUUUGCAAGUCGAGGACGAGAAGGUGAAUAAGAUGGUUGAAGAUGUGGCCUUUUCAAAUGAAGGAAAGAAACAUUAUUCCUGGAGUUCAAAUCCAGAUUUCAAUCCCACUGACUUUAAAAGUAUGCCUAUAGAAUCUCCAAUCAGUUUGUCCUUGGAGGAAAGGCCCUCAUAUAAUUUGAAAGAUCAGGAUGAGAAGAUUAAGAAUAAUGAUGUACCUCUCUACUCUAGUGAAGAUUCUCGCAUGCCUACAGAAUUUUCAGCAAACUCAUCCCUUGAGGAAAAGGUGACAAAGUUUAUUCAGAAUGGGGAUUUGGAUAUGAUUGAGGAUAAUGCCUAUGGUAUAUUAAAUGAACGUGUUGCUGAAGAAAGCAAGGAAUUUAUCAAGCUGCAAAAUUCGGUAGUGCAGCCUGCUGAAGAGCACUCUGGAAAUUCGCUUAAUGGUGGGAGUGUUGCUGUGACAUUGAAUGGCAGUACACUGACAUCCAAGGAUGUCACUCCUGCUGCACUAGUCACUCAACCACUUAGGCGGUUGUGCUCUUUGCUAUGGGUGGCUAUGGAACAUAUCUAGGUUUCCGUAUACUUUUUCUGAUGAUGUGGAGAAGGCUAUGGCCAAAGACUUGCACCCAAAGCUUCUAGCCGGGAUGUUUUUCUUCUUCGCUCUUGGAGCAACUGGUGGAAUAACAGCUCUACUCACUUCAGAUAAACCCAUCUUUGAGAGUCCUCAUGCUGUUACAGGUUUAACUGGCCUUGCUCUCUUGACCUUACAAGCCACAUUACCUGCAUUAUUUGAGGUAAUCAUGAUUUUUGAGGACCUGAAUUUUAUUGUUUUCUUCUUUUUAUAUCUAUUCCCAGUUCUUUCAAUCUCUUUUUCCUUUUUCUUUUUUU